GAAAAGAGGGAAGGAGGACAUACAUACUUAGCAUCAUCAUCAUCGUGGACAACCUCCUGUCUCAGCAUACCUUGAGCUCUUCAAAUCCGAUCUUGCCAUCCGCACGCACAACCAAAACCUCGCCAUGUUCCGUCAAGCCGCUCGUCCGCUCGCACGUCAACAGGUCUCGGCCUUGACCUCUGCCAGGUCGUUAUCGACCACCAAGGCCUUGCCCGUCCGACCUCUGAUCCAGAACGUCCUGGACGCUCAACGAAGACCCCAGAUCUCUCCUCUUCUGGCUCAGAGGGCUCUGCUGACGAGGCAGUUCGUCACUAGCGAGAGCCGACGAGCCAGCAAGGAUGAGCCUGUUGCAGAAAAGGCCGUCGAGAAGCAGUCGUCGGUCGAUUUCCAGCACACUACUACCGGAGCCAAGGAAGAGGCGAGAGCGGUCGUCAAGGACUUUGCCGAGAUGAUCGCUGGUCGAUCUCCCCAGGCUGCCGCUGCAGGUGCACGAGAAUCACCUCACGCAUCGACUCCGAUGGCCGACGAUUUCUACUCGGUCACCAGGAACUUGGCGCAAUCGAUUCCUCCUCACAUUUUCAACUUUGGUGCUCUCGGUACGGUUCCUUACAUCGGAACGGCCGUCGGGAUCAUCUUUGCUGCCCGUGAAGCCGGAGCCGCUCAAGCCGGACGAGACACCCUCACCGGGAUCGACCUCGAAACGGCGACCUCUCUUUUGCAUCACCUCGAGACGGUCCAGAUCACCUACGGAGCCAUCAUCUUGUCCUUCCUCGGUGCUCUGCAUUGGGGUAUGGAAUUCGUCGGGUUCGGCGGGUCUCAAGGGUACAAGAGGCUGGCACUCGGGGUCGUGCCCGUGUUGAUGGCUUGGCCUACGACGUUCAUGACCCACGGAGUCAGCUUGGCUGUUCAAUGGGCUGGUUUCACCGGAAUGUGGUUGCUCGACCAGCGUGCUAGCACCCACGGGUGGACUCCUCAUUGGUACUCUACCUACAGGUUCUACCUCUCCAUCGUCGUAGGAUUCAGCAUCAUCGCCACCCUUACCGGUACCUCUUACUUUGGCGUCGGAUCCGGUGCUGGCGUCCCUAUGCUCCCUACUAGCCCCGACGUCAAGCCUACCGAAGACAAGUCCAAGAAGAGGAUUAACAAGGUCUCCCAGAAGGAGAACCCCAAGGUGGCUGGAAAGCAGGAAGGAUCCGUCCCCGGCCCGAUCCAGGCUAUCGACCUGGUUGCCGAGGAGAGUGGCGAGGGAUUCGUCAAGCUGAGGAACAAGGAGAAGGAGGAGGAGGAAGCCGCUGAGCAGGCCGCAAAGGAGGAAGAGGAAAAGAAGGAAAAGGCUGAGAAGCAGGACAUCAAGGAGAUUGACCAAAGUGCGACCUCGCCUAGUGGCAUGAAGACCGAGUUGAAGGGACGUGUGGACUCGAACGAUCAGUCUCAACCGGAACACAGUGGAAGCCGAGGCGAUGAUGGUGAGGCUGGCAAGGAGGGUCGAUAAGGUGUUCGAUGGACAAGAGGGACACCUCUUGGCGUGGAGGGAAUUGCCCGCAUAGAAUGAUAUCGAUACGUGUACAAAGAAAAAGUCACAGGCACGAAUGAACAAGAUCUAAUUGAUACUCCGAAUCGAGA